AUGAAAGCCAUGCGUGUUGUCCGUAUCCUGCGGCUGGUGCGCGUCGUGCGGGUAGUCCGAUUCUUUCGUGCUCUUCGUGUGCUCAUCGCAUCGAUUGUGCACACCCUUCGGUCUGUUGUUUGGGCACUGAUCCUGCUUUUCCUCAUCAUGUAUACCUUCGGCAUAUUGUUCACACACGCCUAUACGGACUAUGCAUCCCACGGGGGGCACGGUUCGCCCACGACUGAGGAGGAGUUGAAAAGACAUUUCGGCUCAGUCCUCGUGUCGAUCCUAAACUUGUUCGCAGCCAUCAGUGAUGGCGUCAGCUGGAUCAACCUCAUCACGCCUCUUUGGGAAGCCAAUGGGGUCUGGCUCGGCAUGUUCCUGAUAUACAUUGCGCUGGUGGAGUUUGCAGUUCUCAAUGUUGUAACUGGAGUUUUCUGUCAGAAUGCUAUCGAGUCUGCAUCGUUGGACCAGGAAAUGGUUAUUGAGACACAGCUCAAGUCAAAGCAGCUGUACACAGACCAAGUAUGCGAUCUGUUUCACCUCAUGGAUGAGGGGAAGAAAGGAGAGCUCACUGCUGUGGCCUUUGAGCAACACAUCAAUGAUCCCCAGGUUGCUGCGUACUUCCGCGCACUGGACAUGGAUUUAAACAACGUUUGGAAGCUUUUCACUUUGCUGGAUCCAGAUGGGAGUGGCACCAUUGAUCUUCAAGAGUUUGUGGAAGGCUGCUUGAAAUUGCGUGGGCCCGCAACGCGGCUGGAUAUGGAGCUGGUUCUGAGCGUUGCAAG